AUGUCGGUUUUGGGCGAGCACAAAGAGAUGGCGUCUCCUUUUGCUGCCUCUCCAGACGCCGGACGUCCGUCGCCACAGUCCAAUUCGCUAAAUAUUCACCCGGACGAUCGGUUGACCGAUGCUGCCUGUCUUCCCGCCUCACCGCACGUCGAGCUCGAGCACAACCUGGACUCUGCGGACCACGAGACCAGGUCAGAAUCCCACUUGACCGUCUUCUCGGCUCGCCAGCACAGUUUAAGCCGGAACGACGAGACGACGAGCAUCGAUAGCAUAUCGGCAGUCUCAUUGCCGGGCCUUUCGAUGGCCGCCGGACGUGUCCGAUCGUCCAGUUGUACAGAAGAUAAACCGACAUCGGAAGACGAGUCGAAGAGGAGCGGGUCAUGCUCGACAAGAGACGAUCCACCGACAAUCCUGACGAUGCUGGCUGACGUCAAUUUGGAAAGCCACGGCCCGUUGCCGAUGCCGAGCCUAAAUCUUCUUGAAGUGAAUAACUUGCCUUCCCGAAAGAUGAGCAUAUCAAGUCAAGAAUCGGGGAUAAUUGCCAUUGAACUAGACCUCGGGCUUUCCGAUGCAGAUCGCGACCAAUUCGAUGAUCUGCAGACGAUAAACAUGACAAAAAGACGACCACAAAUCGGAUCAGACGGGACAAGGCAGCUAGAAAAGGUGAGCUAUUAA